AUGAGGCUACCAACAACCGAAGAUACUAGGAGGCUAUUGGCUCAGGACGAAGCUCGUGGUUUUCCAGGAAUGCUUGGGAGCCUCGAUUGCACCCAUUGGGAGUGGAGGUUAUGUCCCACCGAAGAAGCAGGCCGACACGUGGGACACAUUAAGAAACCAAAUCUUGUUUUACAGGCAGUUGCUUUAUACGAUAGAUGGUUAUGGCACUGUUAUUUUGGCGAGGCGGGGGCCAACAACGACCUGAAUGUGUUGGCGCAGUCGGGAUUAUUUGAUAGAGACAAUGAUGUCUUAGCCCCUCCUUGCAAUUUUAGCAUCAACAGUCACGAGUACGAGCAUGGAUACUAUUUGGUGGACGACAUCUACAAUGAAAUGCCGGGGGUGGUCCAUAGCUAUAAGAGACGUGAGAUUAUGCCGCUGGUCCAUAAGAAAUUUAAUGAAUACCACCACUCAAAGAGGAAGGACAUGGAGCGUGCUUUUGGUGGUCUUAAGUCCAAGUGGGGUAUAAUUAGGAAUCUUUUUCGUUACUGGUCUCAUUGCGACGUUCAGAAAAUUAUGAGAGCGUGUUUAAUAAUGCACAACAUGUGUGUGGAACAUGAGUAUCGUGAUACGCAAUGGGCGAGCUAUGAUGGAAGAGAAGAAACACCUCCAGUACAAGGUAACGUGAGAGAAGAGCGUAGUUAUUACCAAAGCCAUGCCCACUGGACAUUCUUACAAGCAGAUAUAACCGAGCACAUUUGGCAGCGUCAUUGUCUAGGAUUGCGAGACGGUGAAGUCGGCCCCGCUGAGGUGCAUGAUGGCCUCCCCAUUUCCGAUGAGGGUACUACCGAUGUGGUUGACAACGCAGAUGAAUACCCAGCUAAUGGUGAUAACUUUUAUGAGAACGGAGAGUAG